UCUGUGCGCGGCCACUUCCCUCUGCCGCCGCCUCGCCGCACCUCACCCAGGCGCUGGGACCUUGGAGGACACCCUCCCCUCCCGCGCCCCAGGCAGGAUGGGGGACGUGGCCAACAGUUCCAUCGAGUUCCACCCCAAACCCCAGCAGCAGUGGGAGGCCCCCCAUGCAGGGGGCUUUGGGUGCACGCUGGCUGAGCUGCGCUCCCUCAUGGAGCUCCGAGGGGCCGAGGCGCUGCAGAAAGUCCAGGAAACCUACGGGGAUGUGGGCGGGCUCUGCAGGAGGCUGAAGACCUCACCCACGGAGGGCCUGGCCGACAACACAAAUGACUUGGAGAAGCGCAGGCAGAUCUACGGGCAGAACUUCAUCCCUCCCAAGCAGCCCAAGACCUUCCUACAGCUGGUAUGGGAGGCCCUGCAGGAUGUGACCCUCAUCAUCCUGGAGGUGGCCGCCAUCGUAUCCCUGGGCCUCUCAUUCUAUGCGCCACCCGGAGAGGAGAGCGAAGCGUGUGGGAAUGUGUCGGCUGGGGCAGAAGACGAAGGGGAGGCCGAGGCGGGCUGGAUUGAGGGGGCCGCCAUCCUGCUGUCUGUCAUCUGCGUGGUCUUGGUCACGGCCUUCAACGAUUGGAGCAAGGAGAAGCAGUUCCGGGGCCUGCAGAGCCGCAUCGAACAGGAGCAGAAGUUCACCGUCAUCCGGAACGGGCAGCUCCUCCAGGUCCCUGUGGCUGCGCUGGUGGUAGGGGACAUCGCCCAGGUCAAGUAUGGAGACCUGCUGCCCGCCGAUGGCGUGCUCAUCCAGGGCAAUGACCUCAAGAUUGACGAGAGCUCCCUGACGGGCGAGUCGGACCACGUGCGCAAGUCGGCAGACAAAGACCCCAUGCUGCUGUCAGGCACUCACGUCAUGGAAGGUUCUGGAAGAAUGGUGGUGACAGCCGUUGGUGUGAACUCCCAGACAGGCAUCAUCUUUACCUUGCUUGGGGCUGGUGGAGAGGAGGAAGAGAAGAAGGAUAAGAAAGGCAAGCAGCAGGAUGGGGCGAUGGAGAGUAGCCAGACCAAAGCUAAGAAGCAGGAUGGGGCGGUUGCCAUGGAAAUGCAGCCCCUGAAGAGUGCAGAAGGGGGGGAGAUGGAGGAGCGGGAAAAGAAGAAAGCCAACGUGCCCAAGAAGGAGAAGUCGGUCCUUCAGGGAAAGCUCACCAAACUGGCUGUGCAGAUCGGGAAAGCAGGGCUGGUGAUGUCCGCCAUCACCGUCAUCAUCCUGGUCCUGUACUUUGUGAUCGAGGCCUUCGUGGUGGAGGGCCGGGCGUGGCUGGCAGAGUGCACACCCGUCUACGUGCAGUACUUCGUCAAGUUCUUCAUCAUCGGUGUCACCGUGCUGGUUGUGGCUGUCCCAGAGGGCCUGCCUCUUGCUGUCACCAUCUCCUUAGCUUACUCUGUCAAGAAAAUGAUGAGGGACAACAACCUGGUCCGCCACCUGGACGCCUGUGAGACCAUGGGCAAUGCCACGGCCAUCUGCUCGGACAAGACGGGCACGCUCACCACCAACCGCAUGACCGUGGUGCAGUCCUACCUCGGGGACACCCACUACAAAGAGGUUCCGGCCCCCAGCGUCCUGACCCCCAAGAUCCUCGACCUCCUGGUCCACGCCAUCUCCAUCAACAGUGCCUACACCACCAAAAUACUACCUCCAGAGAAGGAAGGCGCCCUCCCGCGCCAAGUGGGCAACAAGACGGAGUGCGCUCUGUUGGGCUUCGUCCUGGACCUGAAGCGGGACUUCCAGCCCGUGCGGGAGCAGAUUCCGGAAGAUAAGCUUUACAAAGUGUACACCUUCAACUCGGUCCGCAAGUCCAUGAGCACAGUCAUAUGCACGCCCGACGGCGGCUUCCGCCUCUUCAGCAAGGGCGCCUCGGAGAUCCUGCUGAAAAAGUGCACCAACAUCUUAAACAGCAAUGGGGAACCGCGCAGCUUUCGCCCCCGGGACCGGGACGACAUGGUGAAGAAGGUCAUCGAGCCGAUGGCCUGCGAUGGGCUCCGCACCAUCUGCAUCGCCUACCGGGACUUCUCCGCUGCCCAGGAGCCCGACUGGGACGACGAGAACGAGGUCGUGGGCGACCUCACCUGCAUAGCCGUUGUGGGCAUCGAGGAUCCCGUGCGGCCCGAGGAGGCUCGGUCCUGCCGUCUGGAAGGCCCCCUCCUGCUUGGCCUCUGCCAGGUCCCUGAAGCUAUCCGCAAAUGCCAGCGCGCUGGCAUUACAGUCCGCAUGGUGACCGGCGACAACAUCAACACGGCCCGCGCCAUUGCGGCCAAGUGCGGCAUCAUCCAGCCCGGGGAGGACUUCCUGUGCCUGGAGGGGAAGGAGUUCAACCGGCGGAUCCGAAACGAGAAAGGCGAGAUAGAACAGGAGCGUCUGGACAAGGUGUGGCCCAAGCUGAGGGUCCUUGCCCGAUCGUCUCCCACCGACAAACACACUCUGGUUAAAGGGAUCAUAGAUAGCAACACCGGCGAGCAGCGGCAGGUGGUGGCCGUGACCGGGGAUGGCACCAACGAUGGGCCCGCCCUCAAGAAGGCGGACGUGGGCUUUGCCAUGGGCAUCGCGGGGACUGACGUGGCAAAGGAAGCCUCGGACAUCAUCCUGACGGACGACAACUUCACCAGCAUCGUCAAGGCCGUCAUGUGGGGCCGCAAUGUCUACGACAGCAUCUCCAAGUUCCUGCAGUUCCAGCUGACGGUCAAUGUGGUGGCCGUGAUUGUGGCCUUCACGGGUGCCUGCAUCACUCAGGACUCUCCUCUCAAAGCCGUGCAGAUGUUGUGGGUGAACUUGAUCAUGGACACGUUCGCCUCUCUGGCCCUGGCAACGGAGCCGCCCACUGAGUCACUGCUGCUGCGGAAGCCGUACGGCCGGGACAAGCCCCUGAUCUCGCGGACCAUGAUGAAGAACAUCCUGGGCCACGCCGUCUACCAGCUCACCAUCAUCUUCACGCUGCUGUUCGUUGGGGAGCUCUUCUUCGACAUUGACAGCGGGAGGAACGCGCCCCUGCACUCGCCGCCCUCCGAGCACUACACCAUCAUCUUCAACACCUUCGUCAUGAUGCAGCUCUUCAACGAGAUCAACGCGCGCAAGAUCCACGGCGAGCGCAACGUCUUCCACGGCAUCUUCGGCAACCCCAUCUUCUGCACCAUCGUGCUGGGCACCUUCGCUAUCCAGAUUGUCAUCGUCCAGUUCGGCGGAAAGCCCUUCAGCUGCUCCCCGCUGUCUACGGAACAGUGGCUCUGGUGCCUGUUUGUUGGUGUUGGGGAGCUGGUCUGGGGACAGGUCAUCGCCACCAUCCCCACCAGCCAGCUCAAGUGCCUGAAGGAAGCGGGACACGGGCCCGGGAAGGACGAGGUGACUGACGAGGAGCUGGCUGAGGGCGAGGAAGAGAUCGACCACGCCGAGCGGGAGCUCCGCAGAGGCCAGAUCCUCUGGUUCCGGGGCCUCAACCGGAUCCAGACGCAGAUGGAGGUAGUGAGUACCUUCAAGAGAAGCGGUUCAUUUCAGGGUGCUGUGCGCCGGCGGUCCUCGGUCCUCAGCCAGCUCCAUGACGUAACCAAUCUUUCUACCCCUACUCACAUCCGGGUGGUGAAAGCAUUCCGUAGCUCCCUCUACGAAGGCCUGGAGAAACCGGAAUCCAAGACCUCCAUCCAUAAUUUCAUGGCGACGCCCGAGUUCCUGAUCAAUGACUACACCCACAACAUCCCACUCAUCGACGACACGGACGUGGACGAGAGCGAGGAGCGCCUGCGGGCCCCGCCCCCGCCCUCCCCCAACCAGAACAACAACGCCAUCGACAGCGGCGUCUACCUGACCACGCGCGGCACCAUGCCAGCUACCUCGUCAGUGCUUUCCUCCGGACCCGGGAGCCCGCUCCACAGCGUGGAGACGUCCCUCUAAGCAGAACUGCUCUCGGCAUGGCGCGCGCACUCCCCGCACACACACGCACCCGGGCGGGCCGGUGGAGGGCACCGGCCACGAGGAGGGCCCGCCAGGCGGCUGAAGAUGCUCGAAGGCACCUGCCAGAAGCCAAUCCAUUCUAGGCUUCUUACUCAGGAGGACCAGGAGGGGGAGGAGGAGGAAGGAGAGACCGGAGAGCAAGAACCGUUGUGUUCCCCCCUUUUUCUACGGAAGCUUUUUUAAACGAACACUGUAAUUCCACCAGAUGUUCCCUGUUUGGGCUGUGCAGCGGGGCAGAGGGCUGGUUUCGGUUUAUUGCGAGCUUCGUGGCACCUGCUGCAGAGCAAUUGGAUCAACAGGUACAACAGGCGAGCGCCGCUCUGCAGGAAGGAUGCUCCCGCCCAGAUGGUCCACCGGCCCAGCACCCCCUCCCCAGGACGCGUGCAGUCAGUCUGUGUGUGCAUGUGUGCGUAGCCACGUGUGUGCGCGUAUAGACGUGUACGUGCACACAGGACCAGAUGCAUAUCUAAAGAAUAAGGAACUACUUAACGGCAUGAUAUUUCCAUUUCUCUUAUCGGGUGUUUUCAUUUUGAAAUUUCAUUAUUUAUCGCGGCAGGGUUUUUUUCAGGGAACUAGACUGCAAGAAUAUCCUUUUGGCUGCUUGGGACCCCCUUCCCCCGCACUGCUCCCCUCCCCCAGUCCGCUCCAUCCUCCGUCCUCCCAGCACAGUUCCUGGGAAGGCAGGCGCGAGGCCGGAGCAAUUACAGUUGGAACAGUUGGAACAUUUGCACUUUGAGACCCCUGCCUAUAGAGAAAAAAACACCAUGCGAUGGAAUUUUUAUUUAAAAGGAAAAUACCAAAGUAUUGAUGAGAAUGAUUCCCUCCAGUAGGCCGAAGGGGGAGUUUUGCUUUCGGUUUCCUUUGGUUCCAACUCCAAUUCCAAGCCCUGAAUUCUGGCCAGUGGGUGGGCUUUCUUUGUCAGAGCCCCAACUUCAAGAGCGUGAAGCCAGGCCGCCUGCCAUGCCUGACCUCCUGGGAUGAUCCAGAAUCCCCAGAGCAGCCCCAGGAGAGCCAGGUCCACGGGUGGAGGUGGGGAAGAAUGCAGAGAGUCAGAAAGAAAGUGGAGACAGAGGCUCCAUCCAAACCCAGGAGGAGCCGACUCGGCCACAGCGCAGACCCCAGCCCCCUUGAUGCCUCCACCUGGACUCCCGCUUUGCUUUGGCAAAUGCCAAGAAGUUGUCACUGAGACGCCCAUAAAGCGACUGGGAAAGGUUCUCAGUCACCACCCGCCAAAGUGCAAAGCACUCUUCGGAUCCUGGUGUUCUCGUUCAAGGAUAACUGUGACCCACGAGGGCAUGGAUCUGGGCCUGCAGCCACCUACGGCGACCUCGGGGACGCCAAGCCCCUGGGAGCCAUGGUACCUCGCCUCUGUUGCUGUAAUGGCGAGUGCGGAAUGCUGAGGAGGUCAGCUCUGCCACGUCAUCGGCUGAGCACCUGGUCUGCAGGUGGGGAGAGCUGGGCCUGGGCUCCCCAGAUGGUUCCCUCGGGAGCCUCUCCUGGCAGUGUGGACACGCAGCGUGCCAAGCCUCAGUUUUCCUCAAAUGCGCGAUAACCAGGGUGGGAAAUGCAGAAGAAGCAGGGGUUCUUUUACCUUCAGAAUUCUUCUGUCUCACAUUUUGCAGGGAGGAGGCUGGGGUCCGACCGCAGCUAGUACAGGUGCCUGUCGCUCGGGCCUGGGGCUGAGCCGCGGGGGGACAGCUGGGAGCUGAGGGGUGGAGGGACACGCUCAGCAGUUGAGCAGCAGCUGGACCAGUGGCAAGGCUGGCUCGCCCAUCCCGUGCCCAUCCCGCAGCCCCUGGCCAGGGCUUGCCUUGCCUCCACUUGUGUCUGUGUGCAUCCGGGCAGGCGGCGUCCCAAGCGUGCUCGGUCCCCACUGUUAACAUUAAUGCCAUGUCACCCCCGUGCAGGAGUAGUCAAAUCUCGGGCAAAGGAAUUUCGGUUAGAAAAGCAAAUCCCACUUAAAAUGCCAGCUACCGGUAACUUAAAGCCAUCCCUUUCUUCCAAAGGGCACAUUGAGAAUGUUACCCAUUUGUAAAUUGUUCCCUAAUGUCCUUGUUUAAACAACAACAAACAGGGCAACUCAAUUUGUUGAGGGUCUGUGUGUUCUUAAACAAGAACUAAAAUUGGAAAUGUUUAAAUUGAAGAAUAUACACUGAGUAAUGCUAUGCUCACGGGCUUCUUUUCAUCCUCUGUUGUAGACGCAAAGCCUUGCUGCUGCUGUCCAAAGUUGCCUCCUGUACACGGCGAUUGUUUAGUCCCUAGGUUGCCUUUCCAUGGGGUGUGGGGUGCAGAUCGCUGCUCUCAUUUCUGUGCGUCUUCAGGCUGGGGGCCCUAUCUCGUUGGGAAGCCCCUCUCUCUAAAGCAUUAUCUGAUAUGGAAUGGCUUGGUCAACUGUGUUCAGUUAUUAAAUCUGUUUUACAUUUUUAUCUGCCUGUUAUAAAGAUGAACAAAAAUAUCUUAAUGAGGAAGACCACAGAUGCAUAAUAAUUUAAAGUCUGUAGUUGAAUUUCCUAAUUUAAAGAAUAGACCAAAAUUUCUGUGUAUUGAAAAAAAAAAAAUGAA